AUGUCCAACGGUACGGGUCCCGGCGCAGUCUGUCUUCCGCCGUUCCUCCCAGCAUCUGAUUUUCCAAAAAAGGGAGGCUAUACAAGCGGCCGCUUCUGCGGGACGGACGGAUCGCCGAGUGGACAAAUAUGCUGUUUGCCUUGUCCUCUAGAAGACUGGGUCUAUUCUGAUAGAUAUGUCAAGGACGUGAAGGUCUCGAGCUGGAUCAGCGUUGCAUCGUUUGCUCUCUGUUCCUUUCUCUUGAUAUCUUUCGUCGCACUACCUUCAGAGACGAACAUCCGGCACUUUCUCAACAUUGGCCUCACGGUUGCUAUUACCUUUUACACCCUUGCCUUUAUGAUUCCUCUGGGGACCAAGCCUGAUCUUUGCUAUGACAAGGUGACACCAAACGGGCAAGACUCUGACAUGUCUUGCGCUUGGACUGGCGCGCUCCUAUUGCUUGGGGGGAUCGGCUCUGCGUACUGGAUUUUGCUGCGCUCCCUGUGGCUCAACAUCCGAAUCUGCUGGGACAGAAAACCAGGACGCAAGUUCGCCAUAUUUUCUGUCGUCAGUGGGAUCGCAAUUCCGACAGCGCUCACAGCAGCCACUAUAGCUGUCUCAGGUCUCUCGUACCGCAUCGGGACAGUCUGCAUCCCUAACCAUGAAAACUCCAUCGCCGUGUUCUGGGCCUGGACAGUGGCAUUUGCCGGCCUGGCGCUCAUCAUCCAGGCCGUGACUUCGCUCUACUGCGUUUGGAUCUACAUCCGGGUAGUAGUCAAAGGGUGGAACAAGACCACCACCGGAACGGGAGGCUCAGGGCCCUUUAGCCACGAGCGUCCAAAGCCACAGCAUACCUGGCACAAGGUCCGACGGGUGCUGCUGUUGCAAUGGCGUGGCAUUGCUCUUGCGAUCGUUGUCACGACCCAAGUGCUCUUUUACAUCAUAGUCUUCUGGGCUCAAGACCUCAAGUUCGGCAAAAUCACCGCGAACAAAAGCACUUUGGGCGAGGCAAAGACCUGGACUGCGUGCUUGGCAAUUUACAAAGGGGACAAGAAGAAAUGCCUCCAGUAUGCACACGAUCUUACCAUCUCGCAGAACCUAGCUUUGGCUUCUCUCAUGCUUGGAGCACUAUGCGGCAUAGAGAAUUUCUUCCUUCUCGUGCGCCGUAGCAUGUUAGUCGGCUGGUGGAAAAUCCUUACCUUCCCUUGGCGCGCCCUGCACGGCCGCCGC